AUGGGAGGAAAAGCAAAACAAGCUCAUAGAACUAAAAAUAAUGCAAGACCCUCGAGCAGUGGUCGGAGUGCUGAACUGCUCAGUAGUUCUGUGAAAGAUCCAGCAUUCUUUGGUUUAGGAACUGGAAAGCCGCUGCCACCACUUUUUCCAACCUUGGCAGCAGUUAAUUUAGAACAGGGUCUUAACACAGAAUAUGCUUUAUGCUUCAAAAAAUUUAACAAAAAGGAUCCUAUAACUAGAACUAAGGCUCUUCAAGAACUGCUUGAACUGAUUAAAAACGGAAAUGCUGAUGAUGUUGUGGCAGCCCUGCCGAGCUGGACACAUUUUUAUCAAAUCUUCACAGUGGAUACGGACCGCAAAGUUCGUGAGUGUGCACAGGCGUGUCACGCGAGCAUCGUACGCUUGGCAGGGAGACGUGUGGCCCCGCAGCUGCGGCGGCUGCUGCCGGCCUGGCUGCUGGCGCAGCGCGACGAGCACGCGCCCGCGCAGCACCACGCCGUCACCUCGCUCACGAGUACAUUUCCAGAAGGCAAGCUUGGAGAAGCAUUUUCAUUCUGCAAAGUGGAGAUCAUUUCUCUUCUCCUUGAGAACCUAAUGGGGAAUGCCGAAGCGAUGCUUAGUAAAAAGAUAGAAAAUAAAGAAGAAAGAGAGAUCCAAGUGUCACAAAUCAUAGCAAGCAGCCUCGGUGCGUUGGAGCUUUUUGUUUUUCAUUUACCACCUUCUCAUGAUGACUGGCUUUGGGAGGUCCUGACGCCUCUACUACGUUCAGGAACAUUUUGGAAGAUGGUUCAAAAUACUAAUGAACAACAUCAUAUCCGUGCGGCGUGGUACGGUGCCGUGGGUCGGAUGAUGGAGCGGUUCAAGGAGCGCUUCGGCGCGGAGUACGGCGGCAAGGCGGCGCGCGCGCUCGUGUGCGGGGGCGGGGGCGGGGGCGCGGGCGGCGCGCGCUGGGCCGCGCUGCUGCUGCUCGUGCGCAGCGUGCCGGACUGGCAUACGUGGUUCGACAAAAAGGAUUUACUCAUCAAACGUAUUCUGGAUGUACUUGAAAAUGGUGGUUGGGGUGACGCGAGGCUACUGUCUAAUCUCUUGCUGCCUCUGCUAGCACACCUGCCGCAAGAAGUGCUUACUAAAGAUUUUUACACGGCCUUUUUUAAUUCGAUGUUCCUAGGGUUAGAAAAGAAAAAUGUAUUAAGUUCGAAAAGUGAACGUCAGGCGUGUAUCACUAAUCUGGCCGACUGUGUACGCUAUAUAUCCAUACAACAAUACGAUUUUGUGUUGGAAAUCACCACGUGUGUGCACAGGAAAUGGCUAGAAAAAGUUCUGUCGACACAAGAAAACCAAGCCAGAAAUAAUUUGAUCAAACAUUCGGCAUCGAACAUGACCUCGCUUUUCAAAUUUUGGCUCAAACGUUCGCAGGAAGAGAACAACGAGAAAUUCGAUCAACUACUGAGGAACUGUUGGCAAAACAUUGGGUCGACGAUAUCGACGCAAAUCGACAAACUUUCAACCAAUGACGACGAAAUAAACCGCGUCAUGGAUAGCCAUAUUUUACUGCUGCAAAAUCUGAAGACAGCGUUCGCACAGGAAUCGAAAAAGCAGCAUAGCAUAAAAUUUGAAGGUGACGCCGAAAUCAAACCUGAUAUUAUAGCAGUAGCGAAGGUAGAUUGCGACGGACCUACCACUGAAAGAUACAAACAUAACCUAAAUGAAAUAGUAGAGAACACGUGUUCUCAUUACUUUGAGUUUGCACAUAAAAACAAAGUAUGUAAUACCGUGUUGACUUCAAUUUUAACUCUGUUGAUAGAGUUUGAUAGUAACAAUCUGUAUCUUGCACUGGCGAGGCAUUUUGACACCGAUUCUAUAUAUGGAUUUUACGAUGGAACUCUAAGAACAUGGUUGCUAGACGAUUCAAUACGCUGCAAGUCGCUCGUUGACGUUGUAUUUCUCUUGGUGAAAUAUUUAAGUGAAGAGGAACAGGACUGCGUUUUUGAUUCCUUUGAACAGCUGUGCGAGGAGGCAGCAGAGUGGUGCCUAGCGCUGAGCGUGUCGCACCCGCACUGCGGGCGCGGCGCGGCGGGAGGGGUGGAGCGCUGGGCGCGCGGCGCGUCGGCGCAGCGCGUGCUGCUGCGCGUGUGUGCGCGCGCGCUGCGCACCGGCGACCCGCGGGCGCAUGCACUACUGCUGCAGUGUGUCGCGCACCCGCACCGCGCAGAAAGUGUAAUAAGCGAAGACACGAUGUCGAAGAUCGUGGAGCAGUUAUGUGAAGCGGUGUGCGACGGGAGCGACAGCGAGGUGGAGAGGCGCGUGCGCACGGCGGCGCAGCUGGCCGGCGCGCUGGGGGCCGCGCGCCGCCGCGCCGCAGCGCCGCUCGCGCGCGCGCUGCUCGCGCUGCAGCUCGCCCUGCCGCGCGGUGACGAACGCCUCUCGUUGGACACGUGGCUGGAAGUUCGGUCUUCUUGGCAAGACGCAAUCUUUUCUUUGCCGGACGACGCAAAACAAUCGCUUAUAAGUGAUAUAAUUUCACUCGUACACCAACAUCUUUUUAACGACAUGGACAAAUUCAACAUAACGAAAAUCGAAAACAUCGUUGCUCUGUUGCCUUACGUUAUAACUCCGUCUGACUACGCUGACGUGCCGAGCGACUGCAGCGAAAUAGUUUCGUUCACCAAACAAUUGUUCACCUUCCAAAACACGGAUACUUCCAAAUCAGUUGAAAUGUACGCUUUAAAAUGCGACUGUAUAAUGGGAAAUCUGAAUUGCCCCUUCGAUGAUGAUAACGAUAUAAUAAAGAAAAUAGUAGAAGAGUCAUCUAAAAAAGAAGUAACAGAACUUGAAAAAGAGAACCUUAUGUACUAUACAUAUAAGUGUCUUUUUAAAGCGUUCUAUUUGAGGACGAUUCUCUUGAGAAAAACCACAGAAGACGAAAACGAAGACGAAGAGGAAGAGUGUACACAGGUGACUUGGUGUAACACAAUUUUGAGAGAUGUUUACUUUCAAGAGGAGUUUGGCAAAUUGUUAUAUGAUUAUAUGGUUUUAAACACGCUGAAAGACAGAUAUGGUUUCUGGCCUAGCUAUGAAGUGAUCCAACAAACGAAACAACGUCUUGACGAAAUAAUUAAAGAAAUAAUCAAUGAAACUUCGAAUGAACUAAGGCAAAAGCUUCUUGGAUUUUUGUCGGAAAAAGCUGCAGCUAUUGGUUACUACUGGUCAUACGCGAGACGGUUUUACGAAGUUAAAAUCGAUAAAAGUAAUGAAACUGAAGAGGAAACAAUUGAUAAAUCAACAACUGCAGAUAGCUUAAAUGCUAGUAACUUACACAAAGAAGAAGAUACAGAUGACAACAAAACUAAAAGUGCUGAAACUCCGAGAGUUUUUGAUUCGGAAGAUCAAACACCUAAUAAUGAAUGUCAGGAAGAGUCAAAAGAGACUACUUUACCGGUGAAUGAAACAGCAGAAGUAGAAAACAUCGAAUUGGAAUUCGACGCGGAAAAGUUAGACCAGAUUGUUACUGGCAAUGGAAUUUUCCAUAGUAUGCAGGCGAACCUGAAGAGGUCGAGCAGCGCGGAGGUGCGGCAGCAGUGUGGAUACUUGGUAGCGCUUCGCAGUUGGCUGGCAGCACACGGUGUGCUGGAUGAAGAGUUCCUUCGAGAAGCUGCGCAGUGCCGCCGUACACGCAAUCCCGACGUCUUCCUCAACGCCUACUACCGCCACAAGCACACCAUGCUCUACGAGAGAGACAUUACCACAGCACCAUGGGCUCAAGUGGUGAGCGACGCUGCGGUGUUGGACUUCCUCACAGAGAUAGUCGCUGAUCGAGGUUGGGACCUGCCAUCACAUCACUGGGACUUUAUCACCAUUACGUUAUGCUCGUUGGUGAACUCGCUAGCUUGCAGUGUUCAUAAUUGGGGAUGCACGAAGAUGGCGAUGCUGUGCCGAUCCACGCUGGCUCUACUGACGCGAGUUCAAACGUUCGCGGUGAAUGUGCGACGCGAGUGCGAGAGGCGCGAGCCUUCGGAUCACGUGCUCGCGCUCGCCAACGAGUGGGAUGACAUCUUCGCGCCCGACAUCAACGGAAACCUCUUCAACAUCAUUAUCACUAUCAUGGAGUCUAAUGAAAAGGAUCUUUCGUCCGGACACGUAGCAGUUCUCGGCGCUUUAGUAUCCAGCGUCCCCCAUUUACAGUGGGAGAGAAUCCCCGCAGUAAUCCGAGCUGAGAAGUUGUCUUUGGCGAGAAUUUCACACGCUGCCGCCGAUGCCCUGCAAAACUCAAAUCACGCUCCCAUCAAGCUGCUAGCUUUUAAAGUACUUAGGCUAUUGGCCGAGCCUCUUGUUUUGGCUGAUGCGGAGAUGCUGGCACAGUGGAGCGCGUCCGAGGAGGAGUCUGCGCGGCCGGAGCUGUCGCUAUCUCUGUGGGACGCGGCGCUCGUGCAUCUGCAGGAGCUUGUUGAUGCUGCACUCUCGCAUCUCACCGUGUGUGAAGAAGUUUGCGAGCUGGUGGCGUUCUCGGACAGUCACAGCGUGGCGCUGGGCUACCUGCUGCUGUCCGUGGCCGCCUACGAGCACUGCCAGCUGGCUCGCGGGGACCUCGUGCACCAUUAUAUAGAGCAUUACAGAGAGCGCAAGUACGGGGAGUACCUGGUGUGCGGCGCGCUGCGGCUGCUGCCGGGCGCGGUGGGCGCGUUCGCGCGUGACGACACGGGCGCCACGCCGCUGCCGCCGCGCUGCCUGGACUACUUCGUCACCACGCCGGACUUCACCGUCGAAGAGGUGUGUUCGACACGAUGCGUGGGCGAGCUCGCGUGCCGCGCGCUGCUGGGCGCGCUGGGCGGGCCGGGCGUGGUGGCGGCGCGCGGCUGGUACGGCGCCGCCGCGCCGCGGGCCGCGCGCGCGCUGCGCCGCCUCGUGGCCGCCGCCGUGGCGCCGCCGCUCGUGCGCGCGCACCUCGCGCUGCUGCGCGCCCACGCGCACCGCCUGCCGCACGCGCACGUGUCUAUCCAGUGGUCGAGCGGUGAGGCGCGCUGUAGCCUGGAGGUGGAAGAGCGACGCGUGGAGCUGAGCGUGCGCUUCUCGCGCGCGCACCCGCUGGAGCCGCCGCGCCUCGCCGCGCCCGCGAACUCACCUGCGCCCGACACGCACUGGCUCACCGUCUACCUUGCGUACCAGAACGGCACGCUGCUGAACGCGUUCAAGAUGUGGAUUCGCGCGGUGACGGCGCGCAUCCAGAGCGCCCCGCAGUGCUACAUCUGCUACUGCCGCCUGCACCCCGCCAGCGGCCGCCUGCCCGCCGUGCCCUGCCACCAGUGCCGCAACAAGUUCCACGCUCCGUGCCUGCGCAAGUGGUUCACGACGAGCAACAAGUCGAACUGCCCGCUUUGCCGCUCCAGCUUCUAG